GCUUUAUUCAUCCAUUAACGGAGUGCGCCUCCUCUAAAGACAUAUUAAGACAUUCACUGAUGCUAGAAUACCUCCUAAAACGCUGUGUGCCCUCUUUUACCAUAGGUGAUUUAAGUGGUGCACCAAUGAGUCACAUAAUCCUAUACGGUAGCUGAGCAGGCCCAUGGGUAGAGAAAAGUGUGAGUGACUCACUGAUGGCGAGUGGGUGGUCAGGUACCCAGGCUCACUUCACCAGCAGAGGAGAUAAUAACACACCGUCUGUACAUCUCUAUUCCCAUUUGGGUUUGAAAAUAGUCAGCCACCCCAGCUGUUAGUCAUUAGGCCUCGCGGUGUAGAAGAGGGAGGGAGGGCUGCGUCUGUCAGCAGGCAGAUAAGGAGAGGAGGGUUUCAUGUCGUGUUUUUCAGGCGUGUAUUCGCUACUCUGAAAAAAAAAAGUUGCUGUGCGGUUCAUUAAUCACAGCGUAUUUGCAAGGCUUUAUUUAGACCACUGUCUUGUGGAGAAACAGCAUAAACUCCCUCGCUGUUGCUCGUACACAAAAACAACAGUGUUUUCACUUUUUAAACGGAUUACUUUUGAUGUUAUUUUAUUCUAAUCAACCCCUCAAAUGUGAUGCAGCUUUAUCCUGAUUUCCAGUGUCUCCCUAACAAUAGAGGAGGUCAAGCACAUGCAGCUCCACAGUGUUUUUCCACUGUGCUUACUGUGACACUGACCCAAAUCCAGAUCAUCCUGUUGUGAAGGAAGGUGUCUUUUAACCAUGAGUUUAGUUUGUCUGGGCGGUGAUAAGCAUUCAAAACUGUAUGAAAGGAUUUUUUUUUCAUACUUUUAGCUCUGUUGGAGCUAUUAGGCCAAAUGAACAGGAUUUGCAGAUUUCACCUCGGGGUUUUCUUGGAGCUGUCAAAACCAGAAGUGUUUGUUCUCCCAGGCGUCUGUAAAUGCCCCACUGGAGAGCAGUUUCCCCCCUCAACCCUCCCUCUCACCCCCUCUUUCUCUCUCUGUCUCUCAUGAACGCGCCCGGUAGGCUGCUAUUAAAUGGGCGGACUUGUAGGCGCGGUCACGUCUGCAGCGGCGCCGGUGGUUUUGACUGUCACAUAAAAGUACGCUUCACACCGGCUGACCGGCGGAUCUCUGCUUCUACUCUCUGUGCGACCGGAUCGGACCUGGACGACGUCGGGAAUCAGAACCAACACCGACAAAACCAGCCUCACAGCUUGAGGACGCCUGGUUGGGUUAUGCGCCACAUGACACCGGCGCACUUCCACUGCUGACAACGACAAUCAAAGAAGCCAUCCUCCGUAGCCUCCACCUCACCGUGGCCUGCCUUGCGUGGGAUGCUGGAGAGUGGCAGAGCAGGAGAAGAGAUUUGAUGCCACUUGGCAAAAGUAAAAAGAGGUGUCGCAUAGUCAAUCAUGGGGGAUUCAAUCUUCAACUGCUGUUAUGUCCCACCCCAUCCUCCAGGCGAGGAGGUACCCCCCAGAUCCAGACGCUCGGAGAUCAUGGCCUCCAAUUCGGCGCACAUCUCCUCCGACAAGCGCUUCAUCAUCUUCUUUGACUUCGAUGAGACCAUCGUGGAUGAAACCAGCGACGACAUGGUGGUGCAGGCCGCCCCGGGUCAGCACCUCCCGGAAUGGCUGAAGGACACCUACCAGCCGGGCCGCUACAACGAGUACAUGCAGCGCGUACUAGCCUACCUGGCGGAGCAGGGCGUCACCGAGAGCCACAUACGCACGAUCAUGGAGAAGAUACCCGCCACCCCCGGCAUGCUCAUGCUCUUCCAGUUCCUCCGCACCCGACCCCCGCAGGACUUUGAGGUGGUGCUGGUGUCAGACGCCAACACCUUCUUCAUCGAGUCCUGGUUGCGCCGCGUCGGAGCGCGUCAGCUCUUCCACCGGAUCUUCACCAACCCGGCCACCUUCAACAAGGACGGGCGGCUGGUGUUGCGGCCCUUCCACUCCCACGACUGCCCGCGGUGCCCAGACAACAUGUGCAAGCAGGUGGUCGUCAGGGACUAUGUGGCCCGCAGGACGCAGGAGCGGGGCCGCCCCUAUCAGAGGGUCUUCUACGUGGGAGACGGAGCCAACGACUUCUGCCCGGCUCUCUCCUUGGGGCCCCGGGACGUGGCCUUCCCGCGACGGGACUUCCCCAUGCACCGGCUGAUCACGGAGACCCAUGAGGCCAUGCCCGGGGAGUUCAAGGCCGUCACGGUGCCCUGGGCCAACGCGGAGGAAGUGGUGCAGCGGCUGAGGAAGCUGGUGGCAGAGUAGAGGGGUCACACACACAGAAAGAGACAAAGAGGGGGACAAUAGAGACACUUUUAGUCAUAUUCUCAGGAAAAAAUAGUCCCAAACUAAUGUUUAAGGCAAUAAAAUCAUUUGAUAGGCCUACUGUCUGUGUACCUAUCUGGGGCCCAGCCUGCACGUGCCUCGCCUCUGUCACGCUUUGGUCCGGAGGUCACAAAAACAGAGGCAGCAGGUUAAUGAUUAGAGAGACCUGCCACUGUCACUCAAAGUGACAAAUCUUAUGUGUUGUUAUUCAGAAUCAUUUAGAAGUGAAGGAUUUAACUAUAAAGUUUGAGGGCAUUUGCAUAAUAAAUCUCCUUCAAUGGGAUAUUCAGCUAUUUAUCUUAAUAGUUUAAGUGGGUCAGCAGGGAAGUAAUAGCAAUAUAUUAAAAUGUUAUGGACAAUUAUUACGACCAGUAUCCUCUAUCAAAUAUCAAUCUAUAAGUUUGUUUGUUUGUUUGUUUUUCUCCACACACCGCACUUUUUAAAUAUUAAAUUAUAGCCUCAGUAAAUGGAAUCAAAGCAAUGGGCAUUUUAAUAGAUCUACAAUAUGACCAAACAGUAUUUUUAUCAACAUGCUUCUCAGAGAAUAUAUGUCUAAUAUAGAAAUGUAUUACUAGCCUAUGUCUUAAGACAGUGUUUGUUUGUUUGUUUGUUUGUUGAACUUGUUUAUUUUGUCUUUACUGUGUAGGCCAGACCUACUGAAGAACAUAUUUACACCAGCAGGAAUAAAGC